AUGGAAUGGGUAUACCUGGAGCAGAUGUUAGAUGAGAUGGGAUUUCCUAGACAGUUCAUUUCAUGGGUACUAGAAUGUGUGUCAACUGUGAAUUAUUCAAUCUUGGUCAAUAGUGAGCCAACAGUUCCUUUCAAUGCAGCUAAAGGACUUAGGCAAGGAGAUCCAAUUUCUCCUUUCCUAUUUGCAAUAGCCAUGGAAUAUUUGAGUAGGAUGCUUAAUGAAGUGAAAGGAAGUAAAGGAUUCAAAUAUUACCCAAAGUGCUCUACGCUAUCAAUAACUCAUUUGUCCUUCGCACAUGAUCUUUUGCUAUUUUCAAGAGGUGAUAUUGAAUAUGUGGAUACUAUUAGAAGAUGUUUCAUGGAGUUCUCUGAUGCCUCAGGUCUUCAAGACAAUAAAGAUAAAAGCUCCAUUUAUUUUGGAGGGGUUACCAAAGAGGUUCAGAAUAAAAUACUGCAAUUGCUAGAAUUCACUAAAGGUGACCUACCAUUCAGAUAUUUAGGGAUACCUUUAGCUACAAAGAAGAUAUCCUUAAUACAGUGGCAACCUUUGAUCAACAAGAUGGUAUCUAGAAUUACUGCUUGGACUGCCAAGAAGCUCUCAUACGCAGGAAGGGCCCAGCUAAUUCAAACAAUAUUGUUUGGUAUUCAGGCAUAUUGGUCACAAAUAUUUGCUAUUUCCUCAAAAGUAUUAAAUGCAAUUGAGGCUUACUGUCGAAACUAUCUAUGGUUUGGUACCAAUACAAUUACGAGAAAAGCUCUGUUAGUAUGGGAGAAAGUGUGCACUCCAAAAUCAAUUGGUGGAUUAUGA